AUGCUGCCUGCUUCAACAUCUCUGAGUCCCAGGUGCCGGACGAGUGGCUUUGCUGGACAUGCGACCCCGCCCGUCGACAAAGACCGCGCCGUCAAGGUUCAGAGGGCCCGCCAGCGCCAGCAGGCCAACGGUCUCCUCAAACGAAAGCCCAGCCCAGCCCGUUCCCGCAAGCCACCACCAUCCUCUGUCGACGGCAAAGAGUCCAAGCGCAAGAGGAGGGCUUCCAUCAACGUCGUCGCCAGCCAUCACCUUCCCUCCGUUGAAGACGAGCAUGUGGACAUCGACGAGCCUCUAUCGAACACGUAUGUCCCCAUUACCAAGGACGUCAUCCCCGCAGACGACACCCGCGACCACCUGCGCCGAGUGGCUGCAGACUGGCGAGGUGUGUCUGCUAUCAGCCCGUCCCCCUCCCUCACCCCGGGCUGCACCACCCCCGCAACGAUCACGCCCGACGCCGCGUCUCCGUCUCCCCAGAUUGCUGUCCAUCCCCUUCCUUCCUCUGCGUCCGCCUAUCCCUUCUCCUUCGCCAAUGGCAAUGCUUCGGUGCGUCCCCAAUCGUACGCCGUUCACGCCAUCCAGCCCAUUCCUUCCUCCAAGCUCAUCGCCUCAUACCCAUCAACUAUCAUCCCCACCGCCGCCUACCUGCGUGAUCCUCUCAACGCGUAUGCCCACCUCGGCAUGCCCAAGCCUUACGUCCAUCUCUUUGGCCCUCCCCUCGACAUCGCCUUGGACGCCCGCAUUACGGGCGACGAGUCCCGUUUCGUCCGCAACGGAUGUCGGCCAAAUGCCAUCCUACGCCCUUUUCUAUGUCCGUCGGAGGGUGAUAAGGCGGUGGAGACGGAGCCCAUCGCCUUCGGUAUCUUCGCCCUCCGCGAUCUCAAGGCGAACGAGGAGGUCGUUCUGGGUUGGGAGUGGGACGAUGCAAACGUCGUCCACAACUUGCCUGCCUUGAUUCAGAGCCCUUGCGAGUUCUCG